UUCGAAUUUUGUUGUCGAUAUCGAACGUGGUAUUUUUACCUCCUUUACAAUAAGAGAUGGCAACAAAGUAGUUCUUAGUCAACAAAAGAGUGAACAUGAUCAUCAUCAGCUUUGGAGCUACGAGGAUGGCUGGAUAGUUAAUAAACGAUCAGGUUUAUGUUUAGAGGCUGAAAAUGGAAAAUUGGGAAGUCGCAUAAUCUUACAUAGCAGAAGAAGCCAACCUAAUAACCAGAAAUGGAUUCUCACCAGCGAUGGUCGUAUUGCUCUUCAAAGCAAUACUAAGUACGUGAUUGAAGUGAAGGGUGCCAUCAAAGACGGGGCACAUAUUAUUUUCUCUGAUGCUCAAUCAAAAAAUUUUGGCAAGAGUGGAAAUCAUUCUCAAUGGACCAUUUUGCCACUUCACAAGACGAGAAGUUAUGAUGGACCAGCGAUUGGUGUCAUCAAACUAGAGUUAUUAGGUGCAAAGAACCUCAAGAGAGUCGAUUCAAUUGUUGGAGGAGGAAAAGCGGACCCUUACGUUAAGGUUUUAGGUGAAGGUAGCAAGGAUAUCAUUGCCCAAACAAGAUACAUUGAGAAUGAAUUGAAUCCUGUUUGGAAUGAAGUCCAUUAUCUAUCCCUUAAGAAUAUUGGAGAGAAAUUCGUACUUGAAGUGAUGGAUUACAACAGUUUCACCAGGCACUCUUUUCUUGGCAGAUGUACUCUUGAAAUUACCCAAGAAGUAGUGAAAGAAGUUUCAGAAGGCGUUUUCGAAGGCACGAACGGAGUUGAUAACUGGGUAAAACUCUCUGACAAAGGUCAGCUCCAUUACCGGGCAAAAUUCUUCCCGCUCACACCUCUUCCGGAGCCAUCACCAGAUUUUCUUGCAAACCUCAAAGAAAGGCCAUUCGAUAUUUCCACUUUAUAUGUACUCGUCACCUUACAAGCAUCCAAUGGAAGUUUUCCUCCGUCAAAAACAUUGGCAAACUUGUUCGGUUUUCAUGAGCCGGAGAAGUUGCUCGAAUUGUACAGAAAACAAUCCCGCGAAGAACGAAUCUCUAAAAUUAGUUCCACAAUAUGGACAACCAGUAUGAUUUUAUGGUUCUUGCGAUAUUUAUUGAAAGAUUGUCGGAGUGAAUGGAAAGGAAUUUACGACCGCGCUGAAAAGUAUAUUAAUAAGGAGAUAGAUAAGGAUUUGGAAACCGAAGAGAUCAUAAUUGCUACUGGUAGAAAGGCAGUCCUCGAAAGAUUUGAUAUUGAUGAUAGCCCACGUUCGACAAAGCCCAAUGUCGCAAUUUCCGUAGCCAGUAUUAUGAAAUGCCGGCAUAAAAAUGGGUCAUAUAAUAUCACCGAUGAACUAGCAAGGUCACUUAAUUUUGAUAAUGCCGAGAAACUUCGCGAAUCACUUACUGCAUAUGUUAAAAGAAAUGCAAAAACAGAAAGCGUCACACAAUUGGAUAUCAAUGUUUUAGUCACUAUUCUUGUAAUUUAUUUUUAUCGUUAUGUUGCAAUUGAACAUAAGAAAGAAUGGAUUCAACAAUAUGAAAAGUCUUACGAAUGGUUAUGGGGACAAUUUGAAGGUAAGGAGUUUGUUGAACAAGAGGCUUUUGACUUGAUUAAAUCAUUUGUUAGGGAACAUUACGAAGUGAAGGAAGAAGUUUUAUCACGGGAUCGUGUAUUCGAGGCGGAAAUUGCUCAAAAAGUGAAAAUUAUUAAGUCUCGGUUUACUCGUCGUGAUAUUGCUAAACUUCUUGGUGUCGCAAGAAUUGAAAUUGUUAGCGCAAAAGGUCUAAAGCAAGUAGACUCAUGGCUUGGUGGUGGCUCUUCUGAUCCAUUCGUUGAAAUUUCUAAUGUGACCACCGGUUGGAAAUACGGUGAAACACGUGUAAUUUAUAACAAUCUCAAUCCCAUAUGGAAUCAAGUGUUUUAUAUUCCUAUUUAUGACCUUCACGAAAAGUUCAAGAUGCAAGUCUAUGAUUACAAUGUUUUCUUCAAAAAUUCGCCUCUGGGAUUUUAUAUACUUGAUCUCAAGGAUAUUGUCAAAGCUUUUUCUGAUGGAUCUUUUGAAGAAAAGAAAUCAAGAUUAGAUGUCGAUCUUAUCCUUAAUAGGAAAACUCGAGGAAAAUUAACUUUUGUUGCUGCUUUUUACAACUUCUCGGAAUCAGAAGUUAGAUCUAUUAAGAUCACUACCACCACUAUCUCCAUUCAUCAUUUAUAUCUCCUCCUAACUUAUCAACAUCAAGAUGGAUACUUUGAAUCUACUGAUUCAUUGGCGGGAUUGUUUAACUUUUCUUCCAAACAAGAAUUAAUAGAAGCCUUUACUACAUUUAUACAAAAUGAUGAGGGAGUUCGUUCUUUGGAUAGCAAAAUGUGGUGUACUUCUCUCGUUAUUUCAUUCCUUAGGGCGCUGCUAUGGAAACAUCGUCUCGAGUGGAUAGAAAUUUAUAACAAGAGUGAGGCUUGGUUAAGCGAAAAUAUUGCAGAUCUUGAAGUUGAAGAACGUCUUAAUAGUUGUACAAAUCGAUUUGUUAUUCAACAUUUUAAUGUUAAUCAAUGGGAAAGUGAUGAUCAACAACGAGCCUUGGGGGUUCUUGCCGUUUCCAAGAAAUCGAUUAUUCUUCGCCGUAACGUUACCCUACGUAUUGUCCGUCGGUUCCUUAUCUAUAAAAAAGAGUCAGGUUGUUUCGAACUUAACAACGAAUUAGCAGGGUCACUUGGUUUUAAUUCGACCGAGGAAGCGAAAAAACAUCUUGAAACUCAUUUUGCUUCAUACACGAAAGCCGUUAAGCUCGAUAUUCAUGUCUGGAGUACUGCGAUUUCGAUUUGGUAUAUUCGUCUUGUCUUGAUAGAUUUUAAAGGUGAAUGGGUAGAAACAUAUCAAAGGUCUUAUGAUUGGAUUUGUCAACAAGUUCAAGAUGAGGACACAAGAAACGAACUUCUUGAUGCCGCUAAAAAUUUUGUCAUAAGAAGAUUCGAAGUUGACAAGACAACAAUGGACGAAGAUGGUUCUUUCCAACAUGCUAUAGAAACUAGGGAUAUCGAACGUCCUACUGAUGUCGAAAUUGAAGAAGAAAUUAUCGUUUCCGAGGAUGUAAUUGGUAUUCUCAGGGUUAACAUUGAGUCUGCCAAAAAUCUUGAAAAAUCUCGUAGUUUGUUCACAUCAUCCAAACCAGAUCCUUAUGUUCGAAUCGUCAAUUUCUCUGGUAAAGAGAUGGUUCGAACUCGCGUCAAGAAUGAAACCGUUAGUCCUAUUUGGAAUGAAGUUCAUUACGUCCCUAUAUACGGAGUCAAUGAAAAGGUCUUUUUUGAGAUUUACGACGAAAAUGUCUUUGUAAAAGACAGACCUCUUGGUCAUUACCCUUUUGAAGUGAAUUCUUUGACUAAAAGAAAAGAUGAUGGUUCGUUCGAAGUUGGAGAGCUCUUUGAUAAGUGGGUUUCCCUCAAGGAAAGCAAGGGAAAUUUACACUUGAUCGUUCAAUUUAUCCCCAUUGUUCUAGAUUUUGAAGAAAGUUUUGCUUUUUCACUCGAGAGCAUUCAAAUCAAUCAUGUUUACAUUCUCAUCAGCUGGAGGCGUGCUAAUGGGGCCUUUUCAUUUUCUGAUGGUUUGGCUCGAUUCUUUAAUUUCAAGAAUCAGCAAGAAUUGAUAGAAAGCUUUAAAAAACAUGUUUCCGCAGAUGAUACCCUUGUUAAUUGCGGCUUAGAUGUAUGGGCAACUGCUCUUGUCAUUACAUAUUUAAGGAUCUUAUGUAGUAAACAUCGUAGUGAAUGGAUAUUUACGGUUGACGAUAGUGAAUAUUGGUUGUCCUCUCAAACCAGUUAUACAAAGCAUGCGAUCGAUUCAUUAUUGAGAGAUUCCACAUUACAACAACAAUUGUGGAAGGACGAAAAUGGCUGUGUGGCUAUGAACGAAAAAGUCGCCGCUUUUUAUGGAUUCAAAUCAGUCGAUGAAUUUACUAAAUAUCUUCAGAUCUAUUUCAAAACCGAGCGCGUUACGAGCCUCCAUGUUAACAUUUGGGUUACUGCUUACACAAUUUGGUAUUUGCGAUUGGUAACCUUUAAUUUCCGACAAAAGUGGAUUCAUUCGUACGAGAGAUCGUAUGAAUGGUUGAUAGGACAAUGUGAAGAUACAAAGCUGGUGAAUGAAGUAUUGGAGUGCGCCCGAAAACCUAUUGUCGAAAGAUACAAAGUGGGGGAGGAAGCUGAAGAGGCCGAUCGUAGUUUUGUAACUAUAAUUGAAAAUAAAGCAGCUGUAAAAAAAGACGAAGAGGAAAAGAAAUUGAGGGAGGAGAACAUGGAUCAAUAUGGAAAGCUAAUUGUUCGUACAAAAACUAUUUACGUGAGAAAUACAAUCACCAUCGAAAUUAUCAAAAAGACUCUAUCUUAUCGCACACAAGAUGGGGGCUAUACUUUAAAUGAUGAACUUGCAAAUCUUCUGGGUUAUGAUUCUGUGAAAUCCUUGGAACUCGCGUUAAAAUCUCACUUUGUUUCAGAAACCACCAAAUUACACCAGGAUAUUUUAGUUACUGCAAUAAUAUUAUGGUAUUACCGUUUGGUUGCGGUUGAUCAUCGAGAGCAUUGGUCUGCCGGGUACGAGAAGUCCUAUUCAUGGUUGAGUUCACAAAUUAAAAACAAAGAUGUCGAAUCAAAUCUUAUGGAGUCUGCAAGAUUAUUUGUAAUACAAAAUUAUAAUGUCGAUGAAGAAGCUAAGGGACUAGACUCUGAUUAUCAAGAAAAAAUAGAAGGAAAGGAUGAAAAGAGAGGAUCGUGGACGAAGGGCAUAUUUUCUAGCAUUUUUGGCGGCAGUCCACAUGCAUCUACUAAGAGCCUUGGGACACACGUAGAAGAUGCUCUUGUCUCUGACGGUUACGAUCACGAAGAAAAGGCAUCUGCUUUAAUUGAUGCUCGAGCGACUGUUACUACCGAAAAAAUUAGAUCGAUCGUCACGGCACAGAAAAAGGAUGGAAGCUUUGAAUUGAACGAGAACUUUGUUAAAGAAUUAGAUGUCCCUGCAAAAGAGAUUGUGGCUACUAUUCAAACGCACACUUCAAAUGAAAAACUAAAGAAGCCUGAAUCAGUUUCUUGGUGGAAAACUGCAAUAAUGCUUAGCUAUCUUAAGAACGUCGCAUCUCAACAUGAAGGGGAGUGGAAAGGUGAAUACGAUAAAGCACGAGAAUACCUCACCUCGCAAAUUGGUAAUGCAGACGCCGAAAAAGAGUUAUUAGAAGUUUCAGAAAAAUACGUAAUUGAUAACGUCGUUAGAAGAGUUAUCAUAGUAAGGAAGAGAACUGCCAUAGUUACGAUUCAGACAUCAACUACUCCUGAAAUUGUUGAGUCAGCUGUUUCAGAGCAAAAGGCGGAUGGUUCAUUCGAAGUUAGCGAAACAAUUACGAAAGAACUUGAUGUUUCUUCGGAUGACCUCGUCGCUUCGGCUCAAGACACAAUUUCUAAUGACAAUCUCAAAUCAAUCGAUUCAUCAUUGUGGAAGACUGCUCUAACGAUUGGAUAUCUUCAAACAGUUGCUCCUCAUCACGAACGUAUUUGGAAAGACAAAUGUAGUAAAGCUCGAGAAUAUCUUAGCACCAAACUUAAUAACCCUGAAUUAGUAGAGGAGAUUAUAAGGAUUUCGACCAAAAUUAUUGUUAAGAAGACAACUGUGAAAGUGGCGAAAGAGCAAAAAACUGCAGCAGUUGAGAUCAUUCAGUCAACCACAACCCCCGAGAUCUCUCGUGCUGUGGUAUCCGAGCAGAAAGAAAGUGGUCAUAUUGAAUUAAGUGAGACCAUAAAGAAAGAAUUAGGCAUACUAUCGACUGAAACUCUAGUGACUACCAUACAGAAAUAUACCACUAAUGAAAAAUUAAAGAAACCAGAGUCGUCAUCUUGGUGGACGACGGCCGUAAAUCUUAGUUACCUUAAAAAAGCCGCUGAUAAACACGAGGAAGAAUGGAAAGAUAAAUAUGAUAAAGGUCGCAAAUAUCUCUCUACUCAAAUUGGAGAUUUUGAUACAGAGAGAGAAUUACUAGAAAUUACAGACAAAUAUGUAGUUGAUAAAGCUACAUACAAAGUUAUCGAAGAACAUAAAAAAGAAGCAAUUGCCAUUGAGAAAGAAAAGAAGGACAAAAGGCAAAGUAUUCUCGAAAAUGUAACCGGCAUUUUAACGGGUGUAUAUGACUCUACUACCGAGGCAACUAAAGACCUUGGGAAACACAUUGGACAAGCUCUCUCAUUUGAUACGGACGAACACGAUCAUCAAGAAAAAGCUGCUGCCUUAAUAAUUGUUCAAUCGAAUACUACUCCUGAGAAAACAAAAUCGAUUAUUACAACGCAAAAAAAUGAUGGAAGCUUUGAAUUAAGUCAGACUAUAGUUAAAGAAUUAGAUAUUCCUGCAAAAGAAGUCGUGACAACCAUCCAGACAUGUACUACUAAUGAAAAACUAAAGAAACCGGAAUCAGCUUCUUGGUGGAAAACAGCAUUAACUCUUAGUUAUCUUAAGAAUGCCGCAUCUCGACAUGAAGGAGAAUGGAGAGAUAAAUAUAAUAAAGCACGUGAAUACCUUACCUUACAAAUUGGCGACGCAGAGACAGAAAAAGAAUUACUCGAUACUACAGAUAAAUAUGUGGUUGAUAACGUAACUAAGAAAGUAAUUGUUGAGAAAAAGAGAACCGCAAUAAUUGCUAUCCAAUCUCAUACAACACCCGAAACCGUCGAAACAGCUACUUCCACUCAGAAAGAUGAUGGUUCAUUUGAAAUUAGUGAAACAAUUACUAAAGAACUUGACGUCACUUCUCCCGAAGAUCUUAUUACUUCAGCUCAAGAUGUCACGAAAAAUGAUAAACUUAAAUCAAUCGAACCCUCCGUUUGGAAGACUGCUUUAACUCUCGGAUACCUUAACACUACGGCACCACAUCAUGAAAGCGCUUGGAAAGAGAAAUAUAAUAAAGCCCGAGAAUACCUUCAUUCUAAACUUAAUAACCCUGAAUUAGAAGAAGAAAUUAUCAAGACGACAAAUAAAGUAGUAGUUGAAAAAGCGACGAAGAAAGUAUCUAAUAAACAAAAGGAAGCGGCAGUUUCGGUUAUUAAAUCGAUUAUUACUCCUGAGGCCUGCGAUGAGAUAUUAUCUGAACAAAAGGAUGAUGGACGAAUUGAAUUAAAUAAAACUAUUCAAAAAGAAUUAGAUAUUCCAUCAACCGAAACUCUAGUAACCACCGUACAAAAAUAUACAACAAAUGAAAAAUUAAAGAAGCCAGAAUCAACAUCUUGGUGGACAACAGCCGUAAAUAUUAGCUACCUUAAAAAUGCCGCUGCUCAAUACGAAGAGGACUGGGUAGAUAAAUAUAAUAAAGCCCGCGAAUAUCUCUCUUCUCAAAUUGGAGACGCUGAUGCAGAAAAAGAAAUUUUAGAAGUCACAGAUAAAUAUGUAGUUGAUAAAGCAACAUACAAAGUCAUUGAAGAUCAUAAACAAGAUGUGGUUUCUACUGAAAAGAAAAAGAAAGAAAAGAGACAAAGCGUCCUUGUAAAUGUAACUGGCGGCUUGACAAGCAUAUAUAAAAAUGCGACUGAAGCAACUAGAGACCUUGGAAAACAUAUUGGACAAGCUCUCACUUUUGAUACGGACGAUCACGACCAUCAAGAAAAAGCUGCUGCCUUAAUAGUUGUUCAAUCAAAUGCCACUCCUGAAAAAACAAAAUCAGUUGUUACAACACAAAAGAAUGACGGAAGCUUCGAAUUAAGUCAGACUAUAGUUAAAGAAUUAGAUAUUCCUGCAAAAGAAGUCGUAACCACAGUCCAAACGUAUACUACUAAUGAAAAACUAAAGAAACCUGAAGCAGUUUCUUGGUGGAAAACAGCAUUAACUCUUAGUUAUCUUAAGAAAGCUGCAUCUCAACAUGAAGGAGAAUGGAGAGAUAAGUAUAAUAAAGCGCGAGAAUACCUUACUUUGCAGAUCGGCGAUGCGGAAACCGAAAAAGAAUUACUUAAUAUUACAGAUAAAUACGUAGUCGAUAAUGUAACUAAGAAGGUUAUUAUUGAAAAAAAGAAAACGGCAAUCGUCACUAUUCAAUCAGCUACAACACCCGAGACCGUCGAAACAGCUAUUUCCACUCAGAAAGAUGAUGGUUCAUUCGAAAUUAGUGAAACAAUUACUAAAGAACUUGAUGUCACUUCUCCCGAAGAUCUUAUUACUUCAGCUCAAGAUGUCACGAAAAAUGAUAAACUUAAAAUGGUUGAUACCUCUAUUUGGAAAACCGCCCUAACCCUUGGAUACCUUAACACUACGGCACCACAUCACGAAAAUACUUGGAAAGAGAAAUAUAAUAAAGCACGGGAAUAUCUUCAUUCUAAGCUUAAUAAUCCUGAAUUAGAAGAAGAAAUUAUUAAGACAUCAAAUAAAGUAGUAAUUGAAAAAACGACAGAGAAAAUAACUAAUGAACAUAAAAAAGCAGCAGUUACGGCUAUUCAACUAACUACGACUCCUGAAACCUGCAAAGAAAUUAUUUCCGAACAAAAGAAAGACGGACAAAUAGAAUUGAGUAAAACUAUUAAAAAAGAGCUGGACAUUCCAUCAACCGAAACUUUAAUAACCACCGUCCAAACAUACACUACUAAUGAAAAAUUAAAGAAACCCGAAUCAACAUCUUGGUGGACAACAGCCGUAAAUCUUAGUUAUCUCAAAAAUGCCGCUUCUCAACACGAAGGAGAAUGGAGAGAUAAAUAUAAUAGAGCUCGCGAAUAUCUUUCUUCUCAAAUUGGAGAUGCUGAUGCAGAAAAAGAAAUAUUAGAAGCUACAGACAAGUAUGUAAUUGAUAAAGCAACACAUAAAGUCAUUGAAGAUCAUAAACGAGAGGUAAUUACCAUUGAAAAAGAGAAGAAAGAAAAGAAACAAGGUGUUCUUGAAAAUCUAACUGGUG